AUGCCGGUGGCCAAACAAAAAUGCUCCGACAUCAAUUCCGAGAUGGUAUUUUUUAAAAAUCAAACAGAGUACACGAAUGCAAUCACCGGCAUAAAAUUUUCUUCUUACGGUGCUGUAUACAUAUGGAUACAUAUUCGAACUGCCGAUGACAACAACGAUCAGAUCCCUGAGUUCUACUGGGCCGAGCAGCCAAUCAAUAAAAGUUUAUGGUACUGGAUCUACCCAUUUAAUUCGUGUAAAACCUACACUGGAAAUGAUACAUGCUGUGCUGCUAUGUAUUCAACGUACGGGUUGAUGGACGCGGGUUGCGGGGUAGGUUUCUAUGUUUUAUGUGAGGUGAAGAACGAGUGUAAAGACGAGAACUGUUUACACACGUGUUCGGGAAUUACCUGCAAGGCUGGUUAUGAACUGGAUAACGUGUCCAUGUUGUGUGUUGAUGUUGACGAGUGCAACGCGACGCUAGGACCGUGUCAGCAAGUGUGUAACAACACGAUCGGAAACUACACGUGUGAUUGUUACCCGGGGUACAGCGUGAACCCCAAAAACGAAAGUAGGUGUGUUGAUGUGGACGAGUGCAACGAGGUGCCGAGCCCGUGUCAGCAAGUGUGUAGAAACACGAAUGGGUCUUUUGUUUGUGGUUGUAACUAUGGUUACGAAUUGGACAUAAACAUUAUGAGAACAUGCCUUGAUGUUGAUGAGUGUAGUCGAGAAUUUAAACCGUGUCAACAAGAAUGUACUAACACAAAUGGAUCAUACAUAUGUGGAUGUUACCAUGGUUACACCGUAAACAAAACGAACACAAGCAAAUGUGUAGAUGUUGAUGAAUGUAGUCAGACACUCAAGCCAUGCCAGCAAGUGUGUAACAACACGAAUGGAUCUUUCGAGUGUAACUGUUACCAUGGUUACACAGUUAACACAUCUGACGCAAGCACAUGUGUAGAUAUAGAUGAGUGUAGUCAAGAAUCUAAUCCGUGUCAACAGGAAUGUAACAACACGGAUGGAGCAUACGUGUGUGGAUGCUACCAUGGUUUCACAGUAAACAAAACUGCCCCUAGUCAAUGUGUAGAUGUUGAUGAGUGUAGUCAAGCAACAAACCUGUGUCAGCAAGUGUGUAACAACACAAUUGGCUCUUACAUAUGUGGAUGUAAUGUAGGCUAUAUGGUAGACAACAGCAACACAAGCUUGUGUGUUGAUAUAGAUGAAUGUGCUACGACUGAUAACAUGUGUCAACAAGUGUGUAAUAACACAGAAGGUUCCUACGUGUGUAGUUGUAACGAUGGGUAUACACUAGCAAAGGAUAGACUUGCGUGUGUAGAUGUUGACGAGUGUGCUCUGACUACUGACAGAUGUCAACACAUGUGUAACAACACAAAUGGGUCGUAUCAAUGCAGUUGUGAGAUUGGGUACACGUUGAGUAAUGAUUCUGUCAGUUGUGAUGACGUCAACGAAUGUGAACUACUUACAGACGACUGUCAACAGUUAUGUAACAACACCAUUGGAUCGUUUACAUGCAGCUGUCUGGCAGGAUUUAACCUCCACCCAGAUAACAAAUCAUGUGACGAUAUCAACGAAUGCGAGAUCUCGAAUCCCUGCCAAUACAACUGUACCAACACAAACGGCUCCUACACAUGUUUGUGUCCAAGUGGAUACACUCUAGAUACUGACCGCUCUUCUUGUGUGGACAUUGACGAAUGUUUGGUUGGUACACAUAUUUGCAGUGGACUUUGUACCAACACCGAUGGUUCUUAUACCUGUAGCUGUGGUCCUGGUUAUCUUUUUGACACACGUGACAACAUCACGUGCCUUGACAUCGAUGAAUGUGCAACAAAAACAGCUCAAUGUGACCACAUCUGCAUCAACACCAUCGGCUCCUACUUAUGUAAAUGCAACUCCACCUACACCAACAAAUCCGACCCAGAUUGCGUCUUCUUUCCAACAUACGCUGUCUGCUUUGCAAACUGUUUUUUCCAGAUCAAGAUGCAGACGAUCACCGUGUCUAAAGCUAGAGCAGAAGCAAAAGUUACCCAAACACGUCUGACUGUAGACGACAAGAAUCUGACAUCACAUUCUCAGAAAAUCGUCUGCGCCGAAGAUCCACGACCUUCAGCAACAGCAGUUGGCAUGUUCGGCAUUGUACUUUUGGUUCUGACGUUGCUUGUUCUAAUUUUACCUGAUGUUGUUACUGUUGUAGUACAUAUUGUUGAAUGUCAAUGUGUAGAUGUUGAUGAGUGUAGCCAAGCAACCAAGCCGUGUCAGCAAGUGUGUAACGACACAGCUGGUUCUUACAUAUGUGGAUGUAAUGUGGGCUAUAAGGUAGACAACAGCAACACAAGCUUGUGUGUUGAUGUUGAUGAGUGUGCUAAGUCUGAUAACAUGUGUCAACAAGUGUGUAAUAACACAGAAGGUUCAUACGUGUGUAGGGCAACACAUGUGUAA